AACUAAACACAUCGAGAUUGACUGUCACUUUGUUAGAGAAAAGAUACUCUCGGGAGAUAUUGCUACAAAAUUUGUGAAGUCGAACGAUCAGCUUCACCAAGUCUCUCACUGGUCCUCGUAUUAGUUAUAUAUGUAACAAGCUCGGUACAUAUGAUUUAUAUGCACCAGCUUGAGGGGAAUGUUAGUUUCAUUGUAUAAAUAGUAGUAAAUAAUCCUAAUAUCAUAUGUAUUAGGAGUAAGACAUGUAUUAUAUAUAUAGGGCUCAUUGUAUCAUUGUCAUUAUCAAUCAAUAAGAUUUUUCUCCGGUGCAGUAUUCACUGAGUUGAUGAUCUCACAACAUUUUAGAAUGUUCAGAUAAUUUCUAUAUGUAAUAGAAAGAAAAGAAGAAGAAAAUAAUUUCUCUGUGAUAUUUUGUGGUUGACUAAGCUUUAACAUUGUUAUAGUAAAAUGCUACAUUAAUUUUCCUUUUCUUUUUCUUUUUAGACAGUACUAGAGUAUCGUCGGUGUACAAUAUAUGCGAUACUUCUAACAAAUUUCAGUUCAUGUCUUCAAUAUUUUGAAGCUUUCACCCAUGCUAUGCUGCCUUUAAUUUUAAAUGAAGCAGCAUUCAUUACACAUAUCCUGAUUUACAGGAGAUACUUUGGAGUUGCUUUCGAUAUAGAAACAAAUCUUCUUUUCCAGGGGAUUUGGUCGUAGUGUAAUAUGAUUUGUCUUAGACAAGUGGUCAUGUAACAUAGCUUAUAUUUAGUGGAAGAUGUAUUCUCUUAAAUUAGGAAAUGUAAUUGUGAUCCUCUGUUUUUUGUCUCUCAUACAGGGUAAAUUUUCUUAAAGAGAUGGAUUUGUUAAUCUGGAGUUCACCUUACUGUCAAGAUGAAAACAGUUAUCGAACAAACAGCUUGGCCUUCAACUUCUAUUUCAAUCAAAAGCUCGACAUUAUAGAGGAAAAUGCCUUAAACGAGAAAUGUUGUCUGCAAGUGCUGGAGAUGCUCAUUGCAAAAGCUGAUGCAGAAAUUGCUGAACUUAAAGAUGAUAUAGUGAUGCUACAGAGCCAACUAGCCUGCACUGAUGAAAAAUGGUCCGACAUAUGCUUUGCUGCUUUAAAUAAAAAGAUUGAUCAUCUCGAUAGUUUGAUAACGACCUUGAAACAUAAAAAUGUCCAAGUUUCUGGUGUCCACUUACUAACAAAUAGAAAGCCCCCAGAGAGAAUUCAUGAGAUAUUAGAGAGACUGCUGAGAAAUUUCUUUUCUCCACGAGACGAGCAGCCUGCAAACUCUAGCCUUGGAAGUUCAAAGCUAGCUGCAGCAGGUCUUAUAAAAGUUGAAGCAACGGACUACCACGAUUUAAAGGAUAAUGAGACUGCAGAAAUAAACGUGGGUGUCGCUGUCCAGGCCAUUGUUACAGUCCAGACACCAUCUGCGGUUCAAGAAAGAAAUCAUCAAGAAGCAGAUGCGCAUACAAUCUCCAAACCUUCCAAUACAAAGGCUUUUGGCCAUGCUAGUGACGAUUCCACUAUGAAGGAUUUGAACAAGUGUGAUAUUCCCAGAAAGCCAAUCAAUGCAAGCAAUAGAGAAUAUCCUUCACAUCUCAACAAUAAGCAGUUUGCAUGUGCUGUUUUAAAGAGUGUAAGCACGAAGUCUCUAAAAGACAAAGCUCAUUCUUGUGGAACAACAAAGAGGAAGAUCAACAUAUCAGAAGAUAUCUUUGAAGAUAAAUUGAUGCAACAAAGUUCUAAUGAUGAAAGGGUAAUCAUAAAUUCAUCUCCACAAGUCGAGGAAACAAGCAAUGGAAAAGGACCUAAGCCUGCUGGAUCAAUUCUGAAGACCAGUCUAAUUGCUGUAAAACAAGAACCCAAAGAAUACAGAGAUGAACAGACACAGAAUGGAGGGAAGGCUGGUCAGACAAGAGAAAAACACACCUCAAGUCAAUUGGUAAUGGAAAAAAAGACGGGUGCAAAAUCUUUUCUUGGAUUAAAGGUAGAAGAAAGAAGCCAGUCACUGGGAAAAGUCAAAGGUAAAGUGCAAGAGAAGCGACCCCCGCAAAGGCAAGUACUUACCAUACAUAAAUCUGACUCAAAGUUGUUCCUGAAACUAGAAGGUCAGAGGCUGAACGUCAAAUGGAACUUACCUCAAGAAAAGACUAAAGAGCUAUGUCUUGCCGAGGAAUUAGGAUUCAAGACACUUUCUGGUGUAAAACUCAAGAGGCAGUGGAAAAUUGGAAGUACUCAGAAGAAGAGAGGUGAUGAGUCUGGAGACGAAACAAUCAAGGAAAAUAUGUUACUACUCGGUGGAGCCAAAGGAACUGGUGAUCUUCCAGAGAUCAGUUCAACUUCUUUGACUCAAUUGAAGAAGAGAAGGAUAACGAGUUCUAGAGGACCAGUCCUCCAAGAGAAUGAGAAUUUGAGAGACUUUCAGAAUAGGUUGGUAAAAUCACAUGACAGAUCAAAUCCAAGUCUUCAAGUCAUUAAAGUUGAGAAUGUCAAACCUCUUGCUUCCACAGCAUUCAUUGUUCCAACACCACACGUAGCAGAUCUAAAAUUUAUGACACUCAAUCAACUCAAGGCCGUGGCAAGGCAAUUGAAUCUGGGCGGGGUAUAUACUCUUUGCAAAGCUGAGCUGCAAGAAGUCCUUCACUUUACGCUUCUAGGUAAAGGCCGGUCAAAAUAGAAGCGAUCUCUAUAUCCUCUUUUUGUUUGGAUAUUCUCAAAUGAAACAUAACAGAAUCGUUUACAAGUUCUUUUGAGAAGAAAAGGAGCUCUCUAUGAGAAAAAGGGGAUACUAGCAAAUGAUGUUCAUAUAACCAACUGUACAGAGAAACGAAGUUUUGCUUAUAUAAAGAACAGAUACAUGAGAAAGAAUAUAGAAAAAGUUGAUUCUAGGAAUCAUUA